CCGAGACAACUAGUUCCCGGAAAUUAAAUACCACUGUUCCACCUCAAUGCGGACGAAAAUAUGGUAUUGCCAAUAGUUAAAUUGGUUAUUUUACUAGCCAGACAAAUAACACGACCAGUUGUUCAUAGACUUGGUGCAUUGGCAAAGCGGAAUCGAACAUUUCGUUCAGUAAUUGUACCAAUUGGGCAAGGGUAUCACUCAAUGAAUUUUACAUCACAAAGUAGAUUAUUUGGUGUUGAUACACAAACACAAGCAGAGCCAUUAUCAACAGAUGAAGCAAUGAAUUUAGGUUCAAAAUUACUUGGAGAAGUAUUAGUUUACGGAGUCUCUGCAUCAUUUCUGCUUUAUGAAUACCACAAGUCGUCACGAAAAGAAAAGAUCAAGGCGAAAAACAGACAGAAUGAAAAAGCAGAGCUCCAAGGAAAAAUACAGGAGUAUUGGGACGUAACAGAAGCAGAAAUUGCACUACUUAAAAGAAAAAUAUUUGAAUUAGAGGUCAAAAAUCACAGUUAAGAAAAUACACCAACCUCUUAUAAUAAGGAUAAUGUUCAGUGCAAGAACUUAUUCUUAUACAUUAUGGUGACUGUACUAUUUUUCUUGUUUGUUUUUUGAAAACGAUAUUGCCAAACUUUAAAACUGGUGGCAGAAAACUCUUACUGAAGAACCAAGUGGUCGUCAUUGUUGUUAGUGUCGAUUUUUUUUUCGAAACAACGUUCUAUGUAAUUUAUUAUAGACAGAGACACAGAACAGACAGUUUUUGUAACUAACGUUGACAUGAAUAUCAAUCAUAUGAUAAUUUUUAUAAUUUAACUGUUUACAAAAGUAAAAUUAUUCGAAAUA